AUGCCUGCUGAAUCAAAAAUAUUUGAUUAUUUAUUAAAUAAUGGUGUUAUUUGUACAUUCUUUUAUUUAAAUCAACGAUUCAAUAAUUUAUUAUUAAAUAAUAAACGCUAUUUAAACCAUUUCGAAUUACCAACAACAAAUAUAAGUAUUUGGAAAAAUAUUCUUGCAAACAUUGCUUCACAAAUAGAAAUAUCAAAUAUUUCAACAUUUGAUAUAACAUUUCAAUUGUCAUUAUUUUCAAAUUUAAAAUCUAUAAUAAUAGGUUCAUCAUAUGGUUUUCCAAAUGAAGAAUUAAUAUCAAUUAUUGAAUGUGAUAUAUUUAAAUCUUUACAUUGUUUAAUGAUAAAAGAAAAUGAAAUAUUUCCUGAUGCUGUUAUUGAGAAUUUUCUAAUUAAACAAAAUAUUAUUUAA